AUGGCCGCGAGGAAGGCAGGGCAGGGCCGGGCCCAGAUGGUUCCUGUGGAGGAAGCAGCGGGCACAGCUGCACGCCUGCUUCCCGGCCCGGCCGCACUAUCUUGGUGACACAGCUGGCCGCCUCGCCUGCAGGCUGCGGGGAGACCUCCCCUACAGCGGCCUCCCCAAGCCCGCCCCGUCACAUGAGCCCCUGCGGCCCCCCGCCCCUUCCCCAGGCCGCAGGCAGCGGCUGCUAGAAGGCCCCGAGCGGCCUGGGGGACGGAGGCCUCCGGCUCUGAGGAGCCCAGGCUGGCCGCAGCCCCGCGUCUUCCCUCCAGGCCCCACGAGGUCAGGCGGGGCACUCACAGCCACGCUUGGGCUCCGGCCCCACGUUGGCCACUGGAGGGCGGCCAGCCUCACGCCCAGCGUAGGAUUUUCCAUCUCCUGGAUCCACCUCCAGCUCCAUGUCCCGGGCAUCUCCUGAGCUGGAGAGCGGGCCCCUGGCCUCCACCAGCUGCUCGGCGCCCCGGGGUCCCAGGAAGGGCGGCCCAGUUGCAGCAGACAGGAAGGAGAAGGCCGCAGCGAUGCCCGACUCCCCCGCCGAGGUGAAGACGCAGCCCCGGUCCACGCCCCCCAGCAUGCCGCCCCCGCCGCCCGCCGCAUCCCAGGGGGCCCCACGGCACCCCUCCUUCACGCCCCACACAAAUCGAGAGGACGGACCUGUGAUGUCUCUGCCCCACGGCCGUUUUCAUGGCUGCUUAAAAUGGUCUAUGGUCUGUCUUUUGAUGAACGGCAGCACACACUCACCGACGGCCGUCAACGGCACCCCGUCCACGCCCAACGGUUUCAGCAAUGGCCCGGCCACCUCAUCCACGGCCUCGCUGUCCACGCAGCACCUGCCCCCCGCCUGCGGGGCGCGGCAGCUGAGCAAGCUGAAGCGGUUCCUCACCACCCUGCAGCAGUUUGGCAACGACAUCUCGCCGGAGAUCGGGGAGCGCGUGCGCACGCUGGUGCUGGGGCUCGUGAACUCCACGCUGACCAUUGAGGAGUUUCACUCCAAGCUCCAGGAGGCCACCAACUUCCCGCUGCGACCUUUUGUCAUCCCCUUCCUGAAGGCAAACCUGCCGUUGCUGCAGCGGGAGCUGCUGCACUGCGCCCGCCUGGCCAAGCAGACCCCUGCCCAGUACCUGGCCCAGCACGAGCAGCUCCUGCUGGAUGCCAACGCCUCUUCCCCUAUCGACUCCUCGGAGCUCCUGCUGGAGGUCAACGAGAACGGCAAGAGGAGGACCCCUGACAGGACCAAAGAGAACGGGUCGGACCGGGACCCGCUGCACCCCGACCACCUCGGCAAACGGCCGUGCACCCUGAGCCCUGCCCAGCGCUACAGCCCCAGCAACGGGCUGCCCCACCCCACGCCACCACCGCACUACCGCCUCGAGGACAUGGCCAUGGCCCACCACUUCCGUGACUCUUACCGCCACCCUGACCCCCGGGAGCUGCGGGAGCGCCAUCGGCAGCUCGCGGUGCUCGGGUCCCGGCAGGAGGAGGUGAUCGACCACAGGCUCACCGAGCGCGAGUGGGCCGAGGAAUGGAAGCACCUCAACAACCUCCUGAACUGCAUCAUGGACAUGGCGGAGAAGACGCGGCGGUCGCUCACCGUGCUGCGCCGGUGCCAGGAGGCCGACCGCGAGGAGCUCAACCACUGGAUCCGGCGCUACAGCGACGCUGAGGACACCAAGAAGGGGCCCACACCCACCACCGCCCGGCCCCUCAACAGCUCCGCGGGCGCAGAGGGGCCUCAGCUGGACAUGCCCCGGGAGUUCCUGCCAAGGACCCUGUCCGGCUACAUGCCCGAGGAGAUCUGGAGGAAGGCUGAGGAGGCAGUGAACGAGGUGAAGAGGCAGGCGAUGUCUGAGCUGCAGAAAGCUGUGUCGGACGCAGAGCGGAAGGCCCAUGAGCUCAUCAGCACAGAGCGCGCCAAGAUGGAGCGGGCCCUGGCCGAGGCCCGGCGGCAGGCCUCAGAGGACGCCUUGACUGUCGUCAACCAGCAGGAGGACUCCAGCGAGAGCUGCUGGAACUGUGGCCGCAAGGCAAGCGAGACGUGCAGUGGCUGCAACGCGGCGCGCUACUGCGGCUCCUUCUGUCAGCACAAGGACUGGGAGAAGCACCACCACGUGUGCGGCCAGAGCCUGCAGGGCCCCGCAGCCGUGGUGGCCGACCCCGUGCCCGGACCGCCCGAUGCCACCACCAGCCUGGGCCCCUGCCUGCCCACGGGCGCCACCAGCCCCAGCGAGGCCGGCUCCGCAGGGCCCUCUCGCCCCGGCUCCCCCGGCCCGCCUGGCCCACUGGACCCUGCGCCCCGCUGACCCCUCCAGGACCCCGAUGCCCAGCCCACGGACGCCGCGCCCACCCGGCCCCGGCCCUCUGGACGCUGCGCCCGGCCCCGGGACCCCGACCAUUGGAGUCACUGCUGCUACUGCUUCUCUCCAAAAGAAAACACAGAACCAACAAAACUGCAUUCAACGCGACUUCCUCAGCUACCUGGCGCUCUCGCGGGGCGGCCUCCUGAGCAUCCUCAGAAGCCCCCUGAGGGCUUUACCCCGCGGGGCUGACCUGCCUCUCUCUCUGUCUCUCUCUUCUGUCUUGACGACUUUCACACACUUUAUCUUUAAGGAAAAAAUCUAAUCAUUCGGUGGCUUAUAUUUUCAGUGAAGAAUUUUGGGGGGUUUUGUAGCAGAAGAGCUACUCAGAAAUGGAUACAGAAAACUGUGGGGGUUUUUUCCCCCCUUCCUGAUGAAAAAGGGAAAAAGAAAAUGUAUUUUAUAGCCGGAGAUCUGAGCCGCUGUCUCACCGGAACCACCCAGGGGUGUGUGCGCCGCGGUGAAGACGGUAAGAAGGAUUUCAAUUUCCGACUCAAGAAGCAUUUUUUGGUUUCAGAUUUUUUGUUUUUCCUUUAACGUCAAACUCUUUGGCUUUAAGUAGAAAUCCAAAAAGUUUUUUUAAGAAAAGUACAGGAAGCAUUCCUGUAAACUACCUUGCCAGCUAGCCAGCCAAGGACGCCGGACACACCUCUGCUGCAAAGGAAAUCCAAAAAGCAAACACACAAAGUUAAAAUCCAAAAUGUUUUGUCACUGCCAAAGUAAUUUUUCACUGUUCGACUCCACUCUUGGGUUUAUUCCGACGUCGGUCUUUCUCUCACUUCAAUUCUGUUUCCGGAGUGUUGGGAUCCUGGGGUGUGGAGGGGUUUGCCCAACAAGAAGCAACUUUGUUUCUCUUCACCUCGACCUCGACCACUGCGCCUUCGCGGUCGCGGAGGGCAGGUCCGGGGGGCAGCGCGGUGGCGACGCCCCGUGUGUGCACGUGCGCGUGUGUACAUGUGCGCCAGCGGCUCACCAGCUGUGUGUCCACUUGUGUGCAGGGGACGAUACCUCUGUCUGUCCUCAUGCCCUCUGUGAAUUUUUAUCACAUUUCAUUUUUUCCACUUAUGAAAAAAAGUGCUAACGUGUCCUUCCCAGAGAGAGCGUAAUUCCGAGACAAGACUGUGACAAUCUUUUGGGCUGAUCCUUGACUGCUUUUGCAAGCACAAGGAGACAGCGCUGGCCUCUGACUCUGCUUCUCCGUGUCCCUCCUCUACCUCUCCCGGCUCCGCGAUGCCGCCGCCCAUCUCGUCCACCCCAGUGUCUCCUGCGCCCACUCUCCUUUCUCCACACUUUUGCAGAAAAAGAAAAAACUACCGACAAGAACAGUCGCCCUCUCGGCCCCUCUGGAGACUUGGUCAGCUGUAUAUAACCCGGCGCUGUGUCCCGCUGCUCCUCGGGGGUGUUCCCUCGGACGCCCCUGCUCAAUUCCCUGGCGAGCCCAAGGAGGACAUGAAGGAACAGGACAUUCUCGCCUGCAGCCCACAGGAGAACAAACAGCAGACACGGCCCGCGAGCUGCCGUGCCCGGCGUCGCUGUAAGAAGUUCCCAGGACUGGAGUGCAAUACGGGGAGUGACCAGCUACUGAACCCGGGGCUCCCGGGGGCCCCGCCGAGAGGCGAGGAGUCAAUGGUGUGCGUUAAUGUGAAUGUAUAUAGUCCCUGCAGAGGUCCAAAUAAUGAUAUUCAUGAUGAUGAUAAUAAAGAAGAUGUUUGCCAAAUAAAAAAGAGAAACCUUGGAAAUAUGUAAACUUUAGAAAAUAGAUUUUCAAAGAAAUCUGAA